AAUAAAUCCAGUUCCAAGUAGUGCACAGACUAACAGGUUUCAUUGCACAAUGCAUAUGUGCACACUUGAACUUUGGUUCAACAUUCAAAGAGGAAAUCCAAGCUUGAGACUGAAGUCCGUCAACCGCAAACUUUAACAAGCGCACUUCCUCAUACACGUGCACUUGCUGCGUCACCGUUACUGUUAGCAGCUCGAUGCUGUGGAAGGGAACUUUUUAAGCUAGGUAUUUAUUGACGAGAAGAAAUCAGCUCAAAGUUAUGACAAAGGCAUAACGUCAGCACUGGAUCCAGUGGAUAAAUACAGUUCUGUCAUCUGCUCAGCCAAGACAAAUGGACAAGACAUCACAGCAAGCACAGGUGGAAACCAAAGGUUGCACAUGAAAAUCACCACUUAACUGCUGACUAAAUAAUCAGAAAUGGGGAACGUACCAUCAGAAUGUAACAUGGGCGACCGCCUGAGAUGCUGCAAGUGCAAUAAAGUCCUGCCUCCAUGCAAAUCCUUUGAUGAUUUAUACAAAAGUACUGUUCAUGGGCGGUACGUAUAUGUGUUCAAUGGAGGUGAAUACUACAGACCAGUUGGCUACGAUAAUAUGUACGAAUGUAAUUAUUGCUUUAAUGAGCAAGAGGAGAAGAGAAGAGAAGAGGAGCGAAAGAGGAGAGAGGAAGAGAAGAGAAGAGAAGAGGAGCGACAGAGGAGAGAGGAGGAGAGGAGAAGAGAAGAGGAGAGACAGAUGAAAGAACAGCAAAGAGCAAGAGAGGCUGAAGAGAAGAAGAGACAAGAAGAACUGAAUCAAAGACUUCAAGAAUCCCACCAACGAGCCAACGAGCAGCAGGAGAAACAACUGAGCAGCGACAUUUCAGAAGAAUAUGAGUCCAAGCGAGACGUUCUAAUAUGGCAUCUGGAUGAGUUUGAGGCUAACUAUGAAUCAGGCAGUGAUGAGCUUCUAGAAAUCCUCUCUUUGAAAUGCAGUUUCCCAGUUCCAGAUCUCAGUCUCACUCAGCUGACAGCUGAUCAGCUGGGGAAGAUCGUGUCAGUCCUGGACAAACUGCUGUUUGAUGAAUGGAUUAGUGCUCCCCCAUCCCUCAGUACUCUGCAGCACACUCAGGUGUUCCUCACAGAGCUGUGUGCCUUGUCUCUGGAGAUAUCCGAGGGAGUUUCCCUACAAAGCAUCUCCAGUCGUGUGCAGUCCCUGGUGGAGUCCAUCAGCCAAUCAGCAUGUGAUGUUUUUGAGAGUUUCCUGCUGACUCAAGCCCUGUAUGUGAACCUGAUGCACUUUUUCACUGACUACGGCAGCUCUGAUACUGACGCAGUCGUCAUAGCCAAACAAUGGGCUGAACACGAGCUUUCUACUGAGCAGCUCUUUCUUAUAGAAUUCCUGAGCACCCUCACAUCAUCACUGCAGAAUGCAGUUGAAAGAGCCUCUGUGUUCAUUUUAAAGAUGGAAAUGCAGUGCUUGAAGCUUCUCUUAUCCACACUCACACAACUAAAUGGCAAAGAAACCCAUUCAGAAUCCACUGAAAUGCUCCUCAGACUUGUGCAAACAAACCAUUGGACCCCAACGGAGGCGGUGACUCUGCUCAAAGCACUGUCACAGAAAUAUGCAGAGGAUGUUUCAAUAACUGAAGUCCUUACAUUGGUACAAGUGUACGACAUAUCGCCAGAGUGGACGGAUGAGUCCGGACGCUCUCUCAUCCAAGCUCUUGACUUUGCUGGCCCUGAGAGAUUUCAUCAGGAUUUCCAAAAGACUGUCAGAAGGGAAGAUGAGAGCAGUCUAGUUGCAGCUCUAGCAGAAUUAAAAAUGUUAUGGAAUUUGGAUGAUUCUGUGACUGAUAUGAUAAAAAACAUUACCAGUGGCGUCCGGCAAUAUUCAGAAAAUGCACCAAAAGAUGCACCAUUUAUGAAAGAUUCCUUUAAAUGUGUAACCUUGAAUGCAGACAACAUACAGAACUCUCUGUCUCAGCUCUGCAAAGCAGUUUUUGACACAAAAGGCUGGUGGCCCACAGGAAGGCAGAUGCUGCGGUGGUGUGCAUUGGUGCUGACUGAGAAGAGUGGAGCGCUACAACUGGUUGGGGUGGAAGAAGACUCAUGUGUCACAGCCAUGUUUGCAGCCGCACAAGUCUGCAUGGGAAACAAACUGGACAUUGUGCUGAGCUCUGACGUUCACGCAGAGGAGCGAACUAAGGAGUGGUCUGACUUCUACAAACACCUUGGAAUUUCUGUCAACACAAACUUGAAGAAAACGAAUGCAUCAUACAGGGAUGUCUAUGAAGCGGACAUUGUGUACGGUAUCAUCAAUGACUUCGUCUCUGAUUACUUUCAGUAUGGCAUAGAGGUGAUGGAAACAGGGAACCCUCAGCUUAGUCGUGGAUUUAUCAUUGAAGAACAAAGUCUCAGUUCUUCCCAUAAUCUGCAACUUUCAAGGCUCAAGGACAAUGAUUCCCUGGUGUUUGCUGCAGAGGUCCUGCAAAGCCUCAUGGGUAAAUUUCACAGUGAAGAUAUGGAACUGAGAAACAGGUUUAUUAAGGCUCUUUUUCAGGUGCUCCACACCAACCUAAACAAAGACACAAACACUGACAAUAAAAUCAUCACCAUCUCAAAGAAAAUUACUGGAAAGGGAUUGGCUUCUGAUGAGGUCUUUGUUCUGACGUUUCUUGAGAAUCUCCUGAGAGUGGUUACUGAAGAAACAGAAAGUGAGAAAAACGGGACAUCUCCAGCCGGCAAAUGGUGUUUGGAGAUUUUAUUUGCCUGUGUGGAGCAUUUCCAAGCCUCAAAAGCACAAACCAAGGAACUCUUGCAGAUGGUUUCAAAUCUUGAAACACAAAGACUCUGGUCACCCGUAGAGGUCUUAAACCUCCUUGGAGCACUGACUGACCACCAUCAUGAUGAAGACUGUAUUUCCAUCAUGAAGAUUUUACAUUUAAUGGCAACAUAUCAGGUGUCUUCCAAAUGGACAGAUGAGAACAACCAAUCUCUCCUUAAGCUCUUAGAUUCAUCUGGAACUGAGGAACUGAUCCAGCAUUUAGAAAAGAGCCUCAGAGACGAGAAAAUAAAAAGCAUUGACACUCUUUUUGACGAAAUACGGCAGAUGAAAGAUAUUGAUGAACAAACACUGAGUAAAUCAUACAGUAUAGUAACUCAUGUAUCAAAUCUGAUCAAAACCGGGGAAAUUGAAAACCACACAGAUGUACAGCGAGCUAGGAAUCUGAGUCACAGCAGGGACACAGAAGACCUUCAGGAGUUCCUGGCAGUCUUAUGCAAUGCUGCGCACCUGCACAACUUUGAAGGGAAGUGGUGGCCCAGAGCCACUCAGAUGAUCAGCUGGUGCCUCUUGGUCUUGUCUGACACUGGGAAGCUCCUGGAGAUGGGCACUGGAGAAGGGAAGUCUUGUGUCAUAGCAAUGUUUGCAGUGCUGCGUGCGCUUCGGGGUGAAAAAGUAGAUGUGGUGUCCAGCUCUUCUGUGUUAUGUCAAAGAGAUGCAGAAGAAUGGACCAACUUCUACAAGUACUUUGGUGUGACAGCUGACACAAACACAAAUAAAACCAAAGAUGAAGAUCGAAAAAAAUGCUACCAGAAGGACGUGGUCUAUGGAACUAUCGAAGCCUUCGCUGCAGAUCACCUUCGCCAGAUAUUUGAAAUGAAGGAUGUGAGGCCUGAUCGCAGCUAUCAGUGCAUCAUAAUCGAUGAAGUGGACUCACUGCUACUGGAUCAGGGAGUGCAGCUGACCUACCUGUCCAGUCCCAUGGUCUCCAUGCAGCACUUGAACAUUAUUCUGGCCAUGAUCUGGGGCCACGUCAGCCAGUAUGGCUUCCUGUCUGCAGGACACCAGACAUUUGUACAGGGUCCUCCUGCUUCAUUCUUCAAGACCAUCUUUGACUCAAUAGACACAGAGGAAACUGAUAUUAGUGAUCCAAUGGACAUUUUACGCAUCGCUGAAGAAUCCAACACUGUGCCAAAAGGAUUUACAGAGGAUAUCUACAAAAGUGAAAUGGAUGAACUUCUGAGGAAACUGAAAACAGUGAGUCAGGAUGCUGUGGUAGAUUUUUUCCAAGAAUUUGAGCACUAUGUCCCCUAUGGUUUUACUGUUUACACUUUAGACGACAAGGGGUUGCUCUGUCUGAGAAAGCGCAGCCUGUACAACAACCAGGACAUUUCAGAGCUUACAUUUCUUGUCUUGGAGGAAGGCUUGUGUUGUUCUCUCUAUGACUCAGAAGAAAUUCUCAUCAAGCCAAUUGCAGAAAUGAUCUCAGAGAAGAUUCAGUACACCCCAUGUACAAACAAUGAAGACAAAAUCAGCAUUCCUGGAUUCUUGAAGAAUCUGGUGGAGAAGAAAGUAUCAGUGUGGGUUCAGAAUGCUUUUCUGGCAAGGCAACUGAAGCAAGGACGUGAAUAUGUUGUAGAAAACGACAACGUCUGUCCAGUGGAUUUCAGAUCAACUGGUAUUGUGGAACUGAAUAAGAAAUGGGGUGAUGGUCUGCAGCAGUUUGUUGAGAUUAAACACAAAAUCAAACUGAGCACAAUUUCAAUAGUGACAAACUAUGUUUCCAACAUUUCCUUUUUUGAAAAGUACCAUGGGAAAAUAUAUGGAACCACGGGGACACUUGGGAGCAAAACAGACAUGCUGUUUUUGCAGGACCUAUAUCCAAAUCUCUGUGCCUGCAAAAUGCCAACAUUCAACAGGAAGAAGUUAUUUGAGGUCCAAGGUACUCUGAAGACCUCAGCUGAAGAGUGGAAAUCUGAACUAAAACGUGUGGUUAUGGCUCAGAUUUCCUCAAAUUCAUACAGAGAUGGAAGAGCAGCCCUGGUGAUCUGUGAAACCAUCAACAAAGCUAAAGAGAUCUAUGAAGAGCUGAAAGGCAGUAUCCCAGGUGAAAUCAUUCUCUACUGCCGCAGCGACAGAGACAGUUUGAGCAAAAUAGAUAAGGAACUGCUUCCUGGUGAUGUCAUUGUCGCCACAAACCUUGCCGGGCGUGGCACAGACAUAAAAGUGUCUAAACAGGUGAACAACAAUGGAGGAUUAUUUGUGAUCCUCUCCUUCCUUUCUGAGAACACAAGAGUGGAACUCCAGGCUUUUGGUCGAACCGCACGCAAAGGUAAACCUGGAUCUGCUCAGGUAAUCAUGUCCACUGAACACCUGCAGCAGUCUUUCAGGACAGCGUCUUCUCUGGAGGAAGCUAAGAGCACAAGGGAUAGACUGGCAGCAGAAAAGAUAAAUCACAUGAUGAACGAUGUCACGGAGUUGAAACUGCGGGAGGACCUGUUUUCAGAGUAUGUCAGAACUCUUCAAGAUAUUCAUAAGAUCACAGAUGUAGAUGACAAAAGAGCUGUUGUUGCCAUCAUGAAUGAGUUCUGGGGGAUAUGGUUGCAAACUAAAUCAGAAGAAAUUGACCAGUUGAAGAGAAAUGAAUUGCAAAAGAGUUUGAAGGCUGAUUUGUCAUUGGCAAAAAGUCAGUCUCAAAGUCAGACUUCACCGUGUUCUAGCAUUUAUCACUACAUCAAGUUUGGAAAUAUCGCGCUGAGUGAAAAACAAUGGGACGUCAGCACCAGGCUAUUUGAAAAAGCCAUGAAACAAGAUGAAAGUUGGGCAGCCAUAGCUUUUUACAGUCAUGCGUACUGCACUAUAAAGCAGCAAAAUGCAGAUUACCUCACUAAGGCCAGAGAUGAUCUAAUGAAGGCACAGGAGUCUCUGAAGUAUCUUAGUGAGGAAUCCAUGGUCUGUCUGCAGUUUGUAAAGAUGUCCUCUGCAGACUCAGCCAACAGUAACCCAACCAGCCUUGAAAAACAGUUAACAACCAAGUGCAGCAUGUUGAGUUACUUUGACAAAAACAUUAGUGAGGCCAUCCAAAAGCUGGAUGAAAUAAAAGAAAGAGGGAGGGAUGCAAGGAUAAAAAAAUUACCAAUCUUCUCCCUGGUGUCGAGUGCUGACGAAGAUCUACAAGUGGAAGCCUACAACCUCUACAGUCAAGGAUUGCAAUAUGUAUUUUCUGUGGAAGAGGAGCCUCGUUUCCCAUGGGAAGCUCUGCUGGUAUUCUGUCUUGGAGUUUUACAGAUUAUUGGAGGAGCACUGCUCACUGCAUUUACAUUUGGUACAUUGGCUCAAGUCGGCAUGGGACUCAUCACUGAAGGAAUAUCAGACUGCAUCUAUGGCAUAGAGUCCAUGGUGACAGGAGAAUUCAGCUGGAAAGCAUGGGCUAUAGAAAAAGCCAUUUCUAUAGGUGUAUCUCUCAUUGGGUUUGGGGUUGGAAAGCUGAUUGCAAAGGGCAUCAAAGCUUCUAAAAUGUUAAUUAAGGGAUUCGGCAAACAACUGAAGUCUAUGCCAAAGUUUCUCUCCAGACAGGUUAAAGAUGGUUUAAGUGUUGUCGCAAAGACAAAUGUGAAGAAUGCAGUAAAACACACUGCUAAAAAAAUGGUAGAGGAAAUCAUUACCUAUGGAUUGGGGAAGGUAGAAGAGGAAAUACUGACACAAAUACUAAACGGCAUCAAAAAUGAGCUGGAAAAGGGAAUUGUUGACGACGUGAAAUCCAACAUAGAAAAAGAGCCCUUGGCUACGUUGGUAGACUCCAUUAUCCUCUCACACCUUGAGGAUAAAAAGCAACUUCGUGAUCUCCUGGAGGAUGAAAACAGAAAGAGUGAACUGCUGGCCAUUUUCAGAAACUUAAGCAACACUGCAGUACAGCCAUUCUAUGCAGACCUCAGCUGGCAGAAAAAGAUUAACUCGUCCUUGUCCACAGUGAUUGACAAAGUUAAAGCCGAGGCCAAAGGAAUAGCACGUGGAAUUCUGACAGCCAUCCAAGCUUUUCACAUGGCAACACUGGCAGGAGACGCCAUCAUUGCAGUGCACAGCCUCUCCGGCAGGUUUUUCGAAGACCUUCAUAAACAGCUGAAUAUAUUUACAAAAGAAAAAGGGUUUUCAGAGAAAGUGAAGGUAAAUGAGCUGUCUGCUUCAGACACUGAGAUACUGAAGAAAUUCAAGCAGGAUUUAGCCGACACCAUCAGUGCAACAUUGGCUGACGUUUUGGUAGAAGUGUUCCACCAGAAGUUCUCCAGUCACUUUGUUUCUCGUCUUCAAGGCCAAGUAAAUGGUGUCAUUGGCCGUUAUGUAAGAACUGGCUUAAAGAGUGACAGAACAGCAGAAAAACUCAGAGCUGGACAGAACAACAGGUACAUCGCAUACAUGCCAAUUUCUAAACAUAAAGUUGCAGGAGAGGCAGGUAAACACUCACAGUCACAUGCUGAAAAGAUCAGGAACCCCAUGACUGCGGGAACUGUUCUUGAUAUCAGAGUCCUGUCAGAAACCACUGGCACUAAGGUUGUCAUCCUAACAGAGGACAGCCAUGGCAGACUUACCAAAAUGCAGGAGUUGAGCCCAGGCACUGAACCCGCCAGUCAAACUGUGACACUGAUCUACAGACCAAAGAGUGCCCAAUACCCAGACGGCCAUUACGAUGUGUCCAUCAAUAACCAGCCAGUGAGCAUAGUCAACAAGGGCAAGAGCUGCCUGUUUCAUGCUUUGGCAAGAGGCAUGAAACCAGAGGCCAGUGAAGAAGAGAUCGCUUUGGAAGCAGACCGCCUCCGAUCUGUGGAGGCCGACACUCUCCUCAGACACCCAGGCCAAUGGGAGUCUUUCGUCAAGCGCAAAGAGUGGACUGAAGCAAUCAGAGGAGGGGACUGGUACAUGGCAGAGGGAGCUGUCAGAACGAUAAAAGAAAAGAAAGCUGUACUUAAGAAAAAGGUUGGAGAAGUUGAAAAGUACAAAAACUGGAAAAUAUUUUCAAGAAAGAAUCCUGGAAUUGGACAGUUCAUCAAUGCAGAUCACCAGCCACCGGUUCAUAGUAUAUUGGAAGCUAGAAAAUUGAACCAGAAUAGCAGAUUAGCAGAAGCCAUGCUUGAAGUGGCAACAAACUCAUCGCCUCUAGAUAAAAAACUGAUUCCUGGUGUGCGCAAAAAUCAUGGCAGUGAACUUCCAACUGUUUAUGUGCCUACAGAAAUACAUCGUGAGUUUCCCAGUACCACAUCAAAAGCCUUCAGAAAAUGCUUAGCUACCACCAUAAGCACAGAUGAUGUUGAGGGCACCUUCAAACUGAUGAUCCUUGGUGCAAAUGUGAGAUCCAACUUGAAUAGCACGAAGAACUUCAACAACUUUCAGAACAGCACGAAGAGUAAAACCAGGCUUGCCAUUUUUGAAAAGAGUUUUCAGCAACACAGUACAGAGAUGGUAAAGACAUGGUUCAACCUGCUUCAAGGCAAGGGAGUCAUGACAAAUACCGAUCUUACCAACAUUUCUACAUGGAUCAACAACGAGGGCUACAAUAAUCAAAACGACCCAUACAGGAACCAAGUCUCCAACCUCCUAUAAUGAAAAGUGAACCGACACCUGAGAAUAUGACUGGUGAACAAGUACCAUGAAAACUGCAGAGAUCUUCCACCUCCCUGAUGAUAACCAAGAGACCUCUCUGGAUAUUCAGUUUUAUCUAUAUGGCGCCAAUUCAUAACAGAAGUUAUCUCAUUGCACUUUUCCUACAGAGCAGGUCUAGACUGUACUCUUUAUAAUAUUAUUUACAGAGACCCAACAAAUAUGUAUAAUGAGGAUUGCUUUUCCUUUUGGUUUAAUUCAAAAUAACAUAAUUUUACUAUGCAGGGGGCUCAUUACAGAAAAAACCCUAACUGCUUGUCCUAUCUCAUCUCAAAAGUGAAAGACAGGAAAAAUAUUAAUUUGCCAUUACAGAAGGAAGUCCAAAGUUUAUUCUACUUUACACCCCUCUGAACUCCAUAAUGCAGUAAAACAUUGACUUGCAGACGAUUUGCAAACAACAUAACUAUUAACGUGACUAUUUUACACCUGUGCAGUUCUGCCAUCUGCCAUAUGAUUCGGUGGCUGUGAUUGGUAAACACCCCCACUGAAAUGUACUAUGUUACUUUUUUUAUUUGACAUGGUGUACCUGGAAAUCUAAGAGAAAUCACUAUGGUACGUGGUUAGGAUAGAAACAUAAAGUGGAAAUCAGACAUAUUUUUUUUUAAAUCUAUUGCUGUAACUAAUGAUCAUUUUAAAUUUAAAAUUGACAUUAGCCUAGUAUGGCUGCCCAACUGUAUCUAUUUGGCAUCUUUGAAAAAAGGGGGAUGCAUAAAUAUAUGGUGGGAAAAUUAUUAUGAUCUUUUAAUUAAUACAGAUGAUGCUCUCCACUGACAGACAGGUUUGUGCUGUUUUAUAGUUAGGCAUUUUUAGAUUUUAGCUAUUAUAUAUGAUAUGAUAUACAGUAUUUUUAUUUUCCAAUGUCUCUUUCUGUGCUUGUCAUUUCUUCCUAAGUAUAUUUUCCAAAUUGAAAUAAUAUAAUAAUGCUGGGAAAUAAUGUAACUAUAGAAAGGGAUGUAAUGUAGGGAAAUGAUGUCAUUAUAGGAAGUGAUGUAAUGUAGGGAAAUCAUUUUGGGAAAUAUUACAGGAUAAAGCUUGAGAUGUGCCUCAGACAUGGAUGAGUAGUUGCUGAGCUGCUGAUUGGAUGAAGAGAAUAGAGGCGGGGCUUGGAGAGGGGGAAGCAGACCUGAUCAAAUCCCUGCCACAGUUUGGAUGACAGGAAUGUUCUUAACAAAGCUCUUUGCACUUGGUGAAUUCUUCCACCAUAAAGUAAUCUUGCUACCUUCAGAUCCACCAGGUUGCAUCCAGUUCACAUUUUCCUAAAUUCUGUUUAUCACUGCACCCCUGCUCUGUGUCUACAGCAUCUCAUGCAUUAUCUUAAAAAUGGUGUCAAAUGUUUCAUUCAGAAAUUCAAUGUAACUGCAAGUGCUACAGCUAAAUUAAAACUGAUGUUUUGGGUAACAAUGAACUUGCAAUAUAUUCUGUGUGUUACUUUGCACAAUGCUCUCUCAUUAUGGCCUGAAUAGCAUGCAACCGUAUGUCUGAAAUACUUCUGUCUUAAUAAAGUGAGCUGAAAGCUACA